AUGACGUCAUGGGCCACGCCCAGCCCCAGAACACGCCCCUUCACUGACGGGCGGUUACCUGAGGCUGGGAUGGGGCGGGGCCUCUUGAGCGGGUGCUCCCACAGAUUAGUGACAGCGAAUUUGGCCAAUCAAAGGCCGCGGGGUGCUCUGGUGUCACCGCCCACCUCGGGGAAUCCCCGCACGUCACGUGAAAGGGAAGGGGAAGGUGUAUGCAAAUAUACGCAAAUAGCCAUGGACCCCCCGCGGCGGGUGCGCCUCAAGCCCUGGCUGGUGGCCCAGGUGAGCAGCCGGCGCUUCCCAGGGCUCCGCUGGCUCGACCCCGAGCACCGGCGCUUCGUCAUCCCCUGGGGACACGCCACCAGGAACCCCCCUGGGCCCCAGGACCAUGACACCAUCUUCAAGGCGUGGGCGCAGGAGACGGGCCGGUUCCGGGCCGGGGAUCCGCCGGACCCCCCUCGCUGGAAGGCCACCCUGCGCUGUGCCCUCAACAAGAGCCGCGAGUUCCGGCUGCUGCUGGAUGGGCCCCGCGGGUCCCCGGCCAGGCCCUUCCGCGUGUACGAGCUCUGUGAGGAGCCCCCCGGGGGUGCAGAUGGAGGGGACGAGGAUGACAAUGGCUGCAGCGGGGAGGAAGAUAUCAGCCAGCUCCAGAAGAUGACAUUCCUGAGCAUCGAUGACACACGGCAUGGGGGAGACCUGCUGCCCUGCUACCCCUGGCCCAAGGGGGAUUCCCCCACCUUUGCCAGCUGCUGCCCUGUGGGGGAAUCCUUUGAGCCUCCUCCCCCCCUGGCACUGCUCCAGGGGGAGGCAGGGGGCACCCAUGGGACCCCGGAGCUGCUCCCUGGUACCCUCACUGAGACAGGGCCCCCCGUGGGCCCCCCAGGGGCCUCAUCCACCUGCCCAGUGGCACCAACAGAGCACCUGAUCCCUGACCUGCUCGUCAGCCCCCACAUGCUGCCACUGACUGACCUGGAGCUGAAGUUCCAGUACCGGGGCCGCCAGGUCUGUGUCCUGACCGUCAGCAACCCCCACGGCUGCCGGCUGUUCCACAGCAGCCUGGAGCCCACGCAGGAGCAGGAGGAGCUCUUUGGGCCCCUGACACUGGAGCAGGUGCCCUUCCCACCUCCCGACGCCAUUCCCAAUGAGAAGCAGCGCUUCUACACCCACCAGCUGCUGGAUGUGCUGGACCGAGGACUCAUCCUGGAGCUCCAGGGCCAAGAUCUCUUCGCCCUCCGACUCUGUCAGUGCAAGGUCUUCUGGACGGGGCCCUGUGCCGCUCCCCAGCCUGGUCCCAACCCCAUCCAGAGGGAGAGAAGGACCAAGCUCUUCAGCCUCGAGGGCUUCCUCAACGGCCUCAUCCAGUUCCAGAAGGGGCAGACCCACACCCCGCCGCCCUUUGAGAUCUUCCUCUGCUUUGGCGAGGAGUGGCCAGACCAGAAGCCCAAGGAGAAGAAGCUGAUCACGGUGCAGGUGGUGCCAGUGGCAGCACGGCUACUGCUGGAGAUGUUCUCCGGGGAGUUGUCCUGGUCGGCCGACAGCAUCCCGCUGCAGAUCUCGCACCCCGACCUCAAGGACAGGAUGGUGGAGCAGUUCAAGGAGCUGCACCAGCUCUGGCAGAGCCACCAGCGGCUGCCGCCGGCGCAGCCCCCACCUGGCCUCUCUGCAGGGCCCUGGGCAUUGCCACCCGGCCCCCUGCCCCACUGA